CUUAAGUAAAAAAGGUUUUUAAAAGAAAGUCUGACACAAGACAAAUGAAAAGUCAUGAUGACAGGAUGAGACAUGAUGUGUCAGUACUAUUGAGACUGACUUUUGAGAACCACUCACACAGCUCUAAAAUCCUUUGCGAUAAAUGCAGGGAUUAAGUGUUCUGCCAUAGGACAUUUCAGAGGAAUUCUUACAAUGAGGUUAACUUGUACAUCUUUUGUGCUCCUCAUCCAAAUGCUCCAAUGUUUGGCUUCAGAUGAUUCACCAUUUCAACUAACUAACAAGGCCACUGGUUCUUGUUUGGUUCAAACAAAUAACAAAUGCAAUGACAUACGCUGGACGACUGGUGACCGACUUCUGAUUCAACAGAGGAAUAAGUGCCUGGGAGUCCAGGGGAAAAGUGUGGGGAGUGAAAUAAACCUCUACAAGUGUGACGAAAACAGUGAACUCCAGAAGUGGGAAUGCAAGAAUGAAACAGUGCUCGCUCUCAAAGGCCAAGAGCUUUACAUUGAGCUCACUGCAGAUAACACAGCAGUCCUCUCUAAAACAAUAGGACCCAAUAACCACCUCGCAAUUUCAGGGACGUCCAGUGGUGCCUGCACAAGGACAUACAGAGAACUCUAUGCAAUCAGUGGAAAUGCAGCGGGAAAGCUCUGCAUGUUUCCCUUUAUGUAUCGAGACCAGUGGUAUUCAGACUGCACUACAGCUUCCUCAGAAAACCAUCCUUGGUGUGCAAUUGAAACAAACUAUGAGUCAAAUAAUCUCUGGGGCUACUGUCCAACUAACUCCAAAGCAGACUGGCAUGUAAACCCAGCAACAGGAGCAAUUUACCAAUUCAACACCCAGUCAACUGUGACUUGGCCCCAGGCUGAGGCCAGCUGCAAACAGCAGGGUGCCUCCCUGCUUAGUAUCAUCAAUCCUUACGAGCAGGAUUAUGUGACAGUACUACUGGGGAGAGGGGGCAGUAAGCUUUGGACUGGGCUGAUCCUGGAUCCAGAACAUGGUUGGAAAUGGUCCAAUGGGAGACCUUACCGUUAUAUGAAAUGGGACUCAGGAUAUCCACUUCCUUAUCCGGGACACAAUUGUGCAAUUGUUGAUCCUACUGUACAGUACUCCUGGCAGAGUUUACCUUGCACCAAGAAAGUAGGAUACAUAUGUUAUACAAAAGGGCCUGAGGAAAAUCCUAAACAAGCUGUUGAGACAGGAUUUUGUUCAAGCCCUUGGAUUUCCUACAAUGGUCACUGCUUCCACCUUAAUCGCACUCAGAAAACAUGGUCUGAAGCUCAGAGAGAGUGCGUUCUUGAAGGAGGGGACCUAGUCAGCAUCCGCAAUGUGGAGGAGCAAAGCUUUGUCAUCUCUCAACUAGGAUAUGCAUCCACUGAUGAGCUUUGGAUUGGACUGAAUGACAGGAAGACAGAGGGGCUGUUUGACUGGAGUGACCACUCUACUGUCAGCUUUACCAGCUGGGAGUUUGGGAAACUAGCUGUCUCCACAGAUAUUAAAGACUGCGUUCUCAUCAGAGGAGAGAAGGGGAACUGGGUUGAUCGUGUGUGUGAUGAAAGACACAGUUUCAUUUGUAUGAAGAGGAGUGCUUCAAAACCAACUGGAGAUGAAGUGGAGCAGGACGUAGGGUGUAAAACUGGGUGGAGGAAACAUGGCUCAUACUGCUACUUCAUAGGGAAAGAGACCAAAACUUUUGAUGAAGCUAAAGAUGACUGCAAGAGUUCAGAUUCUUACUUAGCUGAUGUUUCAAAUGGGGUGGACAAUGCAUUCCUAGUCAGCUUGGUGGGGAUGAGACCAGAGAAGUACUUCUGGCUAGGACUCUCUAACCAGAAAAACACUGAAGAAUUUGUGUGGACCAACACAGAUAUAGUGAGGUUUACUCACUGGAAUGCAGAAAUGCCAGGUCACCGACAGGGCUGUGUUGCCAUAAAAACUGGGAUUUUUUCUGGCCUCUGGGAUGUGCUGCCUUGUGGCAAUAAGGAAAAAUACAUUUGCAAACACCUGGCAGAGGGGGCAGUUUUAACCCCCACCCCAUCCACUCUUAACCCUCCAAAGUGUGCAGACGGCUGGAGUCCAGUGGUAUUAAGAAACUACUGCUUUAAGUUGUUUACAGAGCCAUCUUUCAAAAAGAGAACCUGGUAUGAGGCCAGAGAUUACUGCAUGACCAUUGGAGGAGACCUGCUCAGCAUCCACAGCGCUGUUGAGCUUGAUAUGCUGGAUGAUCGCGAUGGAGAAGUCUGGAUUGGACUUAGUGCCCCUGACCCAGUCACCAGUUUUGUAUGGAGCGAUGGAUCCCCACUGCAGUUCCAACACUGGAGGUAUGAUGCGCCAAACAAUAAAAAUAAUGUAGAAUUUUGUGUUGAAUAUCAACUGUAUUGGCGGAGGAUCGGUGAAUCUUGGAAUGAUGUGCACUGUGAGACGUACCGUGGAUGGCUGUGCCAGAUCCUUGCAGGAGUGAUUCCAAAGCCACCUCCAGACCCUGUCACUCCUGACUACAAUAGGUCGUUGGAUGGGUGGUUAGAAUGGAAAGGAAAUCAGUAUUAUCUUAACAGCAAGUUGAUGGCCAUGGAAGACGCUCGUCACUUCUGCCGACAGAAGCAUGCUGACUUGGUGACUAUAAACAGUGAAGCUGAAAGUGUCUUUUUAUGGAAACAGAUAUCCAAUUCUUAUUGGCCUUACUGGAUUGGCCUGAAUGUAGAUCUUGAUGGAACGUUCACGUGGAUGGAUGGUUCUCCAGUGGAGUUUCAAAGGUGGGAUGAAAAGCAACCUGAUUUCCAGAACAAUGAUGAGAAUUGUGCUAUCAUCACUAGCUCUAUGGGAUUUUGGCAUGAUAAUAAUUGUGGGUAUGAGCACAGAUCCAUUUGUAAACGCAGUGGCUCACCACCUGCCAAUGCCACUGUAGCACCAACAGUUCCUCCAAGAGGUGGCUGUCCACAAAACUGGAAAAGAUUUAAGUCAAAGUGUUACAACAUCAUUAAUAGCCAGAGGGAGACAUGGGAAGGAGCAAGGACACAAUGUAAAGCAAUGGGAGGAAAUCUAGCCUCAAUUCUCUCUAGACAUGAGCAAGUGUUUUUGUCAACUCAAAUGGCCACGGCUACUACAGACCUAUGGAUUGGUUUUCAUAGGCAACGUGGUUUUGCGUUUUACUGGACAGAUGGGCGACCAAAGCAGCGAUACAGCAACUGGGGGACUGUAAGCCGUUCUCUGAGAUUUAGACAGGAUUCUUAUAAGGAAAAGGACUGUGCUGUGAUGACCACGGAUCCUAACAUUGGCACAGGGAGAUGGAUAGCAAUGUCCUGCAAUGACACCAAUGGAUAUGUCUGUCUUCGAAAUCUUGAUCCAUCUCUACCAGACUCUCCUGAACCAACAGUCCCUAUUGAAUAUGUCAAAGUAUUUAAUGACUCUAUCAAGGUUGUUACUCAACCAUUGAACUGGGAUGCAGCCCAGAAGCGCUGUCAAAGUGAUGAUGCCAACCUGGCUAGCCUACGAAAUGGGUGGUCAGAGGUCUAUAUUGAGCUGAUGGCUUUGAAUCUGAACUCUCCUCUGUGGAUUGGACUGAAAAAAACGCAGACUGGCAGAUAUUUCACAUAUGUUGAUGGCUGGCAUAUGACCUUAUCCAAUUGGGAUACAGGGGAACCAAGUGUGAACCAAGAUUGUGUAUAUGUGGAUGUGGAUGGAAGAUGGAAGACCGCCAACUGCAAUAAGAAAAUGACAAGUAUUUGUAUGAAGACUACAGACAUACCACCAACAGAGUCAAGUGAUUUCCCAGGAUUUUGCCCCGAGGACCCAGAAACAACUAGAUACGGACGCCACAAGUCCACUUGGCUACCAUUUAAGGGUCACUGUUACCUCUUUCAUACAGGAAGCACUGACUGGCCAGAUGCAUCUGCUAAAUGUGUGAAAUAUGGUGCAACUCUUACCAGCAUUGAAGACCCCUCUGAGCAACAAUUUAUUCAAAACAAUGUGAAUAUAUAUAAAGACGGCGAAUCCGCUUUCUGGAUCGGCUUGUAUAAAACUCACAAAGACUUAUGGAAGUGGUUGGACAAAACAGUAAUGGACUACACUAACUGGGAUGUAAGUCAACCUGGUAAAGGCAUUUAUGCAACGAUUGAAUCGUCAAAUGGGGGGUGGAGAACAAGCAGACAGUGGCCAAACAGAGGAUACAUUUGCAAAAUAACCAAAGUAUUACAAGACACACCAUCGACAACAGUAAGUCCAACGGUGGAUCUUCAAACCCAUGGCCACAUAAUUUUGACAACUGUUCUGGUUAUCAGUACAGUUGGCGUGGGGAUAUUCAUCAUCCUCUUUAUCCUCAAGAAGUCUGGCCACCGCCUACCCAUCUCUGAAAAGUCAACUAACUUUGACAAUGCACACAACGUCUCCAGCAAUGAGCAGUUCCAGUGUGAUCUGGUGGCCACCAAUGAGCUGGUACCAAAUGCAGAGGAAGAGAGCCCUGAGCCUGUUAUAAUGUUGUAAUGUAAAUACCAACAGAGUGCUACAGGUAUUCUUAAUUAGAGAACCAAUAACUUUAAUGCAGUUGGCAAUAACUAACCUUAAUCAACAUAACUAUUAAAGCUGUAGAAGGGCGACAUUUUAAUCCACGCUUUAUUUCACAUUAAGAUACUCUACCUGCUAGGAAUGUGCAGUGGACUUUUGCAUUUGCCAGACUGCUAACUGUGUAAAUUACCUUUUAUCUGUCUAGAAAUUCUGGUGACUCCUAAGACACUGUAUGUCUUGCUGAUGAGAAUCAAAACAACUGUUCUAAAAGAUGUUGUAAAUAAUAAAACAAUGUCAUCUACAUUAAAUCUUAUAUUUGACUUUUCCCUAAAAAAAAAAUCAUAGUGGGUUUAUCGGUGCACUGGAGUGCUUCACUUUGCUUAGCUUAAAUAACGUUUUUUUAUUAGCAUUUUCUUCAUGUUUACAUAUCUAGUCCACCACUUCUGACAAAUUCUUAAAAAUUUAACUGCAGAGCCACUAAACGGCAGCAACAGUCCAACAUGAGCAAAUCAAUGAAUACCUAACAAUUUACAAACAGCAUGUAAAAAAAAGGGAAAAACAAUUGAGCUCCUAUUUAUUCACUGCUUGUGCACUCGGAUAUUAUUAACCAGGUAGGGAAAUUUGUUCUCUUAUAAUGAUAAAUGAUGUGGAAAUGUAUCAGUGGAUUCGCUGUGUAAAGGAGGGGUGACUGU